AUGGCCAGACCUCUUCCCUUUGUCGCCGCCUUCCUGGUCCUCAUGAUCAUCACAACCAACCUCUCUUCCACCGCAAAUGCAAAUUCCGGCAGCCUCCUGACGGUGUACUGGGGACACCAAUGCUUCGACGGACCUUCUGAGACAUACCGCCACUGUGGUUGCCACAACAUCGAGCACAACUACCGCCACCACCACCACCACCACCGUCACGUAGCAUCGUAUGAGUAUAAACAUUUCCAUGGAAGGCCGGCCACUCUGUUCGAAGACCGAGAUUGUGGUGGUAGUCCCUACCGACUACCUGGGCAAGAAGACAGAAAGUGCAGCGGCCAUUUCCCAUGGAAGAGUGUCAUGAUCUGGUGUUGA